AAUAUGAUUAAUCAUCCUAACCCAACUGCGAAAAGUUGGGUAGCCAUUACCAUUCUUGAAUCAUGAUUAACCAUACUAGUCCUUGAUGGCAUUCUGGGGACUACAGUCAGAAGUUUUCUAUGCGAACGAAUCCAAAAAUGAAACUUUGAUUUUGAAAAACACAAACAAAACCAUCUUUUUUGCAAAACGUCGGCACUCAGAAAUCACACCAGAAAAUCAAGAGAGAGAGAGUGAGCGCGCGUUAACGCCGUGGGAAGGAAGAAACGCUGAGAAGACACACAAAAAUCUUCUCGAUUUUCCUCCUUCCCUCAUUUUCAAUUCUUAAUCUUCUCUGCUCUUUUACACUAAAAAAUCCCUAAUUCAUCUGCCUCUUUCGAAAUUCCUGAAAAGGGGGGGAAUUCCAUGAUUUUUUCAAUUGAUCAUCAUCUUCUUUGAUGCGCCGACCUAAUGCCCGAUCUCCAAAGCCCAAUUCCGAGAUAAAAUCCGACCCAGAUCCUAUAAUGGAGCCCCUUUCUAUCAAAUCGUUUCAAUUUAAGCAAAACCCUAAUUCCAGAUCCAGUUCCUUUUCUAGAAUCCCAAAAGCACAACCUAAAUUUAAUUGGGUUACUGUUUUUUUCUUUCCUGUUGCAUUUGUUAUUGUUUUUUACUUAUCAUUUGUGUUUUUGGGGCAAAGAACCCCGGAAAAUGGCCGGAAAUUUGGGAUUAUUAUUGAUGGUGGUAGUACUGGGUCGCGCAUUCAUGUUUUUGAGUAUAAGGUUGAAGGUGGGGUGCCAAGGUUUGAUUUUGGGCCGGAUGGGCAUUCGUCGAUGAGGGUUAAUCCGGGGUUGUCAGCGUUUGAGGACAAUCCGGAGCGAGCUGGCGAGUCGUUGCUGGAGCUGUUGGAUUUUGGGAAGAGGAUUGUGCCCAGGGAGUUGUGGGGAGAUACUGAGGUUAGGUUAAUGGCUACUGCUGGGCUUCGGUUACUUGAUUUGGAAGUUCAAAAUCGGAUUCUGGAGUCUUGUCGCAGACUUAUGAGGUCGUCGGGAUUGAAGUUUCGUGAUGAUUGGGCGUCGGUGAUUACAGGCUCAGAUGAAGGUUUGUAUGCUUGGGUUGUGGCUAAUUAUGCCCUUGGUACUCUUGGAGGCGAUCCUCACUUAACAACUGGUAUCAUUGAGCUUGGUGGGGCUUCUGCUCAGGUCACUUUUGCCUCAAGAGAGUCAGUGCCUUCAGAGUUCUCUCGUUCGCUUAAUUAUGGAAAUGUGACCUAUCAUCUCUACAGUAAUAGCUUGCUUCACUUUGGUCAGAAUGUAGCUUUUGAUACACUGAAGGAUUUACUUGUUUCAAGUGACAUAACCUUGGUUCUUUAUAAAUUUCCUUGUGCAGCUACUAAAUCAUCUGAAGAGGAACUAACUAUGGACCCUUGUACUCCUAAGGGAUAUGCUGAGAGCAUUAAUUCAUUUAAUCUUGCUCCUGAUUCUUCGGCCAAAAAAUAUUUAUCCACUUUCCAUGCAGCCGGGAACUUCUCAGAGUGCAGAGCUGCUGCCUUGAAGCUGUUACAGAGGGGCAAAGAGGGUUGUGCCUAUGAUCAUUGCAGUUUGGGAGCCACAUUUAUGCCUAAGCUGCAUGGCAGAUUCUUGGCUACUGAGAAUUUCUUUCAUACAUCACAGUUCUUUGGCUUGGCUUCAAAGGCAGUUCUCUCUGAUCUAAUGGAAGCUGGUCAAGAAUUUUGUGAAGAGAAUUGGCCAAAUAUUCGAAAGAAAUAUUCUUCACUUGCUGAGGAAGAUCUCUUACACUACUGCUUCUCAUCUGCCUACAUUGUGGCCCUUUUACAUGACAGCCUUAACAUUGCAUUGGAUGACACAAGCAUUGGAUACACCAAUCAGGUGGAGAAUGUACCUCUCGAUUGGGCAUUAGGUGCUUUCAUCUUACAGACUACAGCUAUAAAUGAAGCAAACUAUGGGUGGAUUUCUUUGAUUAGUGACAACUUCCCUAACUCUUUCUUGAUUAUGGGUGCAACAAUCUUGUUAACCUUUGCAGCCUGUUAUGUUUCCCAAUGGAGGAAACCAUACUUCAAAACUAUUUAUGAUUUGGAGAAAGGACGUUACAUAAUAACUCGAAUCAAUAGGUAAAGUUAACAAUUCUUACCAACAUAAAAUCAAAUACCUUGCCUGGUUGGCUGCUCAACAAAGGAAUGGGUCUAUGUUCCUUUUUGGUGCCCUAUAUAAUUCUUUCGUAAAGGUAUCUGGGAUGCCUUAGAGUAUUUUCUCAUGAAGUUGAUCAAGAGUACCAUUUUUUAAAGGGGCAAAUUGUUGGAGCCAGAUUUUCCGCCAUAGCAUUCAGUACAUCCACACGUUUUGUCUGUAAAUCAUUAGUCCUUUAUGUAAAGUUGGGCGAGGUGAAGCCCUCGUCCUGGUGCAGAUAUAAAAUACAUACUGUCUAGUUGAGUUGUAUGAAGUUCUGGCACUAAGUUUAGCUUUGGACUGUUAGGAAUUAUACUCAUACAAUCUACUGUAAGAAGCAUGUUGUGUUAAGAGCUCAGUGAUGCAAUUCUUAACGAAGUUUUUAAAUGCUUUCGAUCUAUAUUCAUUUUUUCCCCGUC